AUUUGAGGUUGUAGCCUUGACACUCAAACAUCCGAUAAACUUUUCGCUACACCGCCGGCAACAGAUAUAAAUCCUGAAUAAUGGAACGAAACGAUAGCGAAUUAAAACCAACGAUCUCAGAAUUCUACGCUGAUAAGAACAUUUUUAUAACAGGUGGAACUGGAUUUAUUGGAAAAGUUGUGAUUGAAAAACUGUUAAGAUCAUGUUCAAACAUCAAAGGUAUCUAUUGCCUAGUCAGACCAAAGAGAGGAAAAACAAUAGAAGAGAGAUUAAACAUACUUUUACAAGAUAAAGUUUACGACAGAAUUAGAAAAAUAGAUGCAGAUUUUGCUAGUAAAAUACAUAUAAUUAAAGGAGAUGUCUUAGAAAAGAAUCUAGGAAUAUCUGAGGAAGAUACAGAAUUUUUAAAGGAUAAUAUAAAUAUUGUUUUCCAUUCGGCUGCAACAAUACGUUUUGAUGAACCUUUAAGAACAGCUGUUAAAAUGAAUGUUAUAGCAACGAAAGAAAUAGUUCUUCUAUGUAAAAAAAUCAAAUUUUUAAAGUCUUUCGUCCACGUUUCAACAGCCUAUACAAACUGUGAUAAGAAAGAUAUUAUUGAGGAACACAUUUAUCCCGCUGUUCAUGACCCGAAUGAUAUUAUUGAUAUGAUUGAAUGGAUGGAUGAUGAUACUCUAAAUAUGAUUAUGCCUAAAUUGAUUGGAACUAAGCCUAAUACUUACACUUAUACUAAACAACUUGCUGAAUAUAUGCUAAUGAAGGAAGCCUCUGAUUUACCUUUGGCUAUUUUGAGACCAUCUAUUGUGACUGCAUCGUGGAAAGAACCAUUUCCUGGAUGGAUAGAUAAUUUGAAUGGUCCUUCUGGAUUGUAUAUUGCCUAUGGAAAAGGCCUAGUCAGAACAAUGAUAAUGGAAACUGAUCUUGUUGCUGAUAUGAUUCCCGUUGACAUUUCUGUUAAUAUGCUCCUAGCAGUUGGCUGGUAUACGGGAGUCUUUAAACCGGAAAAGGUUCUUUUAUAUCACUGCACAUCAGGUACUUUAAAUCCAGUUACAUGGGGAGCUAAUUGCGGAAUAGUGAAAGAAGUUUUUAAAAGAAUUCCAUUAGAAGGAGGAUUUAGAAGACCAAGGUGCUAUAUAACCAACAAACCAACCCUUCACGAUACUUGGAUAUUUUUAAGCCAUUACAUACCAGCAUAUUUGGUCGACUGUGCAUUCAGAUUAGUUGGAAAGAAAGCUAGAAUGGUUUCGGUUUACUCUCGUCUACAUAAAGCAAUGGGAACCCUGACGUACUUUACGACAAGAUCUUGGCAAUGGACUCACACUGGUCUUGACUUACUUAAAGCCGUAAUGAGUCCGGAAGAUUCACAGACUUUCUAUCUUGAUCCUCGAGCUAUUCAUUGGCCAUCUUAUAUAGAAGAUUUUGUCAUGGGAACAAAAAAAUUUAUACUAAAAGAAGAGAUAUCUAAUGUAGAAAGCGCUCGCGCUCAUAUUAGAAAGUAA